UGUUGCCUCUCGUCUGUGCAGUAGAAAUGUUUGUGUUGCGAAAUAUUUUCACAUAAAAUGCACUCAAGGGGCCGCGAGCCAGCGCACUAGUGAGCCUAGUUAUAAGGUGAAAGUGCCCAUCUUCGAUAUUGUGAUAGGAGCCAUGGAGACAACUGAUGGAAAGUACCAGAAAUUGGCUGCUGAGUAUGCAAAGAUAAGGGCCCAAGCGAACGUGCUGAAGCGCGCCGUUCUGGAGGAGCAGAACAAAAAUGGGGCGUUGCGGGAGAGCUUCAGACUGAAGGAGGCCUCCCUGAGGCGGGCCGAGCAGGAGGUGGACAGCCUCAGCUUCCGCAACAAGCAGCUGGAGCACCGUGUGGCGUCACUUCAGGAUGAUCUCGACAGGGAGGUGAAGCGGAGCAAGGGCUCCAGCAAACAGCCACGCAGUGAAAUUCACGCCAUGACAAAGGAUGCCGUGAUUGCAGAAGAGCUGCAGAAGAAGAUCAUUGAGAAUGCUCAACUGAACUCCCUAAUAUCUGACAAGUCUGCCGAAUUGGAUCUUGUGAUGGAGAGAAUCAAGACACUGGAACACCAGGCCACUGAGCACUCGGACACGGAGAAAUCUUUGCGACGCGAAAUCGAUGCGCUAAGCAUAAAAAAUGCUGAGCUGGAGAGCAAAAUCGUGGACGUUUCUAGCACAAUGGGGAGCGAAGAUGGACUGAGCGUGACGGGAAGUGAUCACACGACACCCCUCCACACAAACUCAUCCUCCAGCGAGGAGAGAAUAGCAUUCCUGGAAAAGGAGCUCAAUCACUGGCGAACUCAGUAUGAGAUUCUCAAAAUCGGCGACGGCCUCAUCGGCGCCAAAUUGCUGGACAUGGCCACCAAACCUGCCGACAUGCUGGGAAAGGGUCCGUCCAACGGCGAGGCGGACGCCACCACAAAGGAGCAAUUGGUGUACGGUCACCUGACCAAAAAGAUCGAAGAACUGUUCAUGGCCAAAUGUCGGGCGGAAUCGAAGCUCACUUCCUAUAUGGCGGAGUGCGAGAGCCUCCAGAAUGCGCUCGAGAUAAUUAAUGGGGAUGUGCAGGAAAGGGUGCUGAAGCAAGAGGAGUGCCAGAGGAAGCUCCAAAUUCUGGAGGAUGAUAUGGUAACGACGCGGUGCAACUACGAGGAGCAAAUAACCGUCUUAACGGAGCAAAUCAUCAAUUUGAGCGAUCAAUUGGCCGCCCGGCGUUAAUUUGUACACCUACAUAUACAUGCUAAUAUCCCAGAUACUUUAUAUGUGAAUGUAUUUAUUAUAAAAAUAUAUAUGUAAUGU